UCCGCAUCUCCAUGAUCUAUUAAUCUCUCCAUUUUAACACCAACACCAACAUCAACAAUUCACCCACCACCUCCCCCUCACUUGCACAACGCCAUGAUCCCUUACCCCAAUUAAUCCCCCCUCCCUUAUCAACAACCAUCUCCACUCCAUUUCACCAAACCCUUCCAAAAUGCUCCACUUCCGCACAGAAGGCUUCAACGGCUGCGCAGUCAAGUACUCACCCUUCUUCGACAACCGCCUCGCCGUCGCCUCAUCCGCCAAUUUUGGCCUCGUCGGCAAUGGCCGACUCUACAUUCUCGAGCUGACUCCGAACGGAAUCGUUCCCUACAAAUGGUUCACAACCCAAGACUCCCUCUACGACCUAGCAUGGUCCGAAAUCCACGAAAACCAAGUCCUCACAGCCUCGGGCGACGGAAGCAUCAAGCUCUUCGACACCGGAGUCGCCGACUUCCCAAUCCAAAACUGGAAAGAGCACAACCGCGAAGUCUUCAGCGUGCACUGGAACCUCGUCGCAAAGGACCGUUUCUGCAGUAGUAGUUGGGACGGGACAGUGCGCGUGUGGACACCAAGCCGCCCGCAUUCCCUCCUUACUUUGCCGACGCAUAGCUGCACGUACAGCGCGGCGUUUUCUCCGCAUUCGCCUGAUGUAUUGUCGUGUGUGUCGUCUGAUUCGUAUCUACGGGUGUUUGAUCUACGGACGCCGGCGUCGGCGUCGAACCAUUUGACUUUGCAGGUGCCGAUUCAUGGUGGUGGUGGUGGUGCCGCUGGGGGAGGAAUAGUGCCGGGUGGGGGUCCGAUGGCGGCGACGGCGCCGGCGGAGGCGUUGACCAUGGAUUGGAAUAAGUAUCGCCCGUCGACGAUAGCUACGGCGGGGGUGGAUCGGACGAUUCGUACGUUUGAUAUUCGGGCGCCUGGGCAGGGCCCGCAGACGGUGAUGCUGGGACAUGAGUAUGCGGUGCGGAAGGUGGCCUGGUCGCCGCAUUUGUCGGAUGUGUUGCUGAGUGCCAGUUAUGAUAUGACUUGUCGGGCUUGGAGUGAUCAGACGCCGCCGGGGGCGGUGGGCGAUGUCGAUGUGAUGCGGGCUGGACCGGGGCCGAAUAUGGGCGUUGAGUUGGGGAGGAUGGGUCGGCAUACGGAGUUUGUGACGGGGGUGGAUUGGUGUAUGUUUGGGAGUGAGGGAUGGUGUGCGAGUGUGGGAUGGGAUGAGAGUUUGUAUGUGUGGGAUGUGAGAGCAGUGAUGGGUUAACCCGAUUCCUCCCACCAUCCAUCCAUUGAUUCUGCGUGUCGUGUGUUCUGUG